AUGGCGAGAGACCAAGAAACGGCAUUGGCCCGAUUCUAUGGUCUCCCCAACGUGCACACGGAAGGCGUUCCUCCCCGGCACAUUGUAUCACUCAAAGGAACUCCAACGUACGGACGGGCAAAAUGGCCGUUUCGGCGCCUCAGAUUUCUGAGCGCUGAUUCGGACACCACCGUAUGUUCGUCAAAACAAUUCCUGGAGAAGCUUAAAGGAGUAAGUUACUUGCCAAAUGAGGUCAUGGUAUCUUUUGAGGUCACGUCGCUCUUAACUUCUAUCCCCCACGAUCUGGCAAUCGAGACCUUCCAACUAAUCCUUCGAAACAAGUACAAUGAAACGGAGAAUCGUCUUGGACAACUCAACGCUGUCUUCCCGGACAUCCAAUUUACGAUGGAGGAGGAGGAAAACAAUCAGCUGGCCUUCCUGGAUGUCCUCGUCUGCCGCAAAGAUUGUGGUGGCUUAAAAACCAAAGUGUUCAGGAAAGCGACAAAUACGACGCAAAUACUGAACUUCAAUAACAACCACCCGAUCAGUCACAAACGCAGUUGCGUAAGGGCUCUAUACCGGCGUGUUGAGACGUACUGCAGCGAAACAGAAGACAGGGUUGCCGAAUUCCAAAAUCUUCGACAGGUUUUCAAAGAAAAUGUUCACCCGCGCAACUUCGUCAGCCGGUGUAUGCGCAAACGAGACGAGGGACAAAACCGUACUGACCCCAAAUUCCUCCGAGCGAUUCCGUACAUCAAGAAUGUCGCCGAGGCCGUUAGCCGCCUUCUUGCACCUCUUGGCGUUGGAGUUGCACAGAGACCGGAGGCCACUAUGAGGCGUCAGGUGAUAAGACCAAAAGACCCACUGCCACGGCAUGAAGCAUCUAGAGUCGUUUACUGCAUCUGGUGCAGUUGCGGACAUAGCAACUACGUCGGAGAAAGUGGAAGACUUAUCCGAACGCGAAUUGCCGAACGAGCGGCAGCGGUACGGAGGAAUGACGCCAACUCUCAGGUCGCGGUCUAUUCGAGGAGACCCCGCCUCACAUUCAAGUUCGAUGUGACCGAAAUUAUUGCGAGAGGGGAUAAUCGUGUAAGCCGCGAGUUGCUUGAGUCAUGGUUCACGGGACCUCAAUCAAAAAGUGCAACGCAUGCCCACUCCAUACUGUGUGCUGAGGCGUAG